UCCGCCGAUUGGUUUAGAAGUGGGAGGCGCGGCUCCUCGGCCGCCAGGCGCAUGCGCAGAGGGGCUCGUAGGGUAACUGGCUCUACGGGAUGUCUCCGGUGCACUCUAAGCCUGAUUCGGUGCCGCUCUCGCGGAGGCUGCUGUUGCGGUACCUGCUCCUUCUCCGUCUAUAUCCGGUGCUCACCAAGGCAGCUUCCAGUGCCUUCCUGUCAGCUCUAGGGAGUCUCCUGUCCCAAGUAAUUGAGAAGAGCCAGAAAAAGAGGAGCCUUGACUGGCGGGAACCCCUCCGGUUUGCUAUCUAUGGUUUCUUAUUCACCGGACCUCUCAGCCAUUACUUCUACCUCUACUUGGAGCAGCUGGUUCCUUCCGACGCACCGUUUUCUCUCCUCAAACGUCUGCUGGUGGACCGUCUCAUUGUCUCCCCGGCCUUCCUGGCCCUCUUUUUCCUGGUCAUGAACUUUCUGGAGGGAAAGGACAUGUCUGAGUUCUCCAAAAAGAUAAAAUCUGGUUACUGGACAUCCUUAAAGAUGAACUGGAAAGUGUGGACGCCUGUCCAGGUUAUUAACUUCACGUAUGUCCCUUUGCAGUUCCAGGUGCUCUUCGGAAACCUCGUUGCAGUCUUGUGGUUUGCCUACUUGGCGUCAGUCAAGAAGAGAUGAGGCGAAUGCCACGGCAUCUGGGCCAGCAAAGGAAGUGGCCAUGUUUUUUCCUCCCCCCCCCCCCAAGGUGGCGGAAGGAGGGAGCAGAGGGAAGGUGGCUUGUGAGCCUGGUGCCCACUUCCCUCCCUUUGCAAGUUGCCCUCCAGCUUUUCAUCCUCACCUGGACGAAGGGACUUCUCCUUGUUGCUGCUCCCCUUCAACACACCUAAUAGCCAUGACUAACAAGAGGCCAUUUUGUGCUCUUCUUUUCAGAUUUUUUCCAGGUGCAAUUGCUGGGAAGGUUUUUCUGCCUUUUUCUCACACAGCAUUUAAAGGGUGGUGGGUGAAUCUGUGGGCAGGGAUCAGAACAGGGCAUAAAUAUAUGUCUGGGCAUGGUUUCCUGAGCAAUAAACUUUAACGAGAGCAGUCUUUUGAAUUGA